UUGGUUUCGUCCUUCGAGUGAAUGUUUGCCUUCUUAAGACCUUGGAGCGCGCAACGUUUCUAGCGACAUUUUACCUGGCGACUUCCAAGACGCAAGCUGCACAUCCCGAUCGGAUAGUACCAAGAUGAAAGUUCUCGCGACGUUCCUGUCCGUCUUGGCCCUAUGCUGGGCUGGGGAAGAGGACAAACUCACGGUCGCAAGCAACAACUUCGGUCUCCGAAUGUUCCCGCUCUUACCGAGCUCUCCCGAGACAAACAUCUUCUUCUCGCCCUGUAGCCUCUUGAUAGCGAUGGGAAUGGCCUACGCCGGAGCCAGAGGGGAGACCCAAAAGGAACUCUAUGAAAACCUGGGCUACUCGAACGCUGGCCUUGCGGAAGGGCAGGUCUUGGAUGCAUACACUCGUCAGACCCAGAAGUAUCAGUCUCUCCAGUCUAACACAACGGUCGACGUCGCCAACGCCGCGGCAAUUCACCUAAGACUUUCACUCCUGGACGGCUACGAGAACGCACUGAGGAACUCCUUCAACGCCCAGCUGCAAAAGGUUGACUUCGUUGAUGGAGGACAGGCGGCCAUUGACACCAUCAACAAAUGGGUCAAGGAGAAGACCCAUAACAAGAUCGAGGCUCUCUUUAGUGAGCCCUUGGAUCCGCUCACACGAUUUGUUCUGCUGAAUGCCAUGUACUUCAAAGGAACCUGGAACACCGAGUUUGACGAGAAACGUACCGAAAAAAGGCCUUUUCUCAACGGUGGCGUGACUCCAGCCGAAGUUGACACCAUGGUCGGCAAGAUUCGUGUUCGCCACAACAGCUUCGAGAAUUUGGGUGUCGAUGUUGCUGAGCUGCCUUACCGUGGUGGCGACUACAGUAUGGUCAUCCUGUUGCCCAGAGAGAAGACCGGCGUCGAGGCGCUGAAAAGAAACCUUACUGCAGACCUACUCGAUACACUCGUACAUCAACUCGUGGAACGGGAAGUCGACGUGUUUCUUCCGCGAUUCAAGUUGGAAACGAUGUACUCCCUGAAGGAAAUUCUCCAGCAGAUGGGCAUUAAGAAAAUCUUUGAUGGCGCUGAUCUGUCCGGAAUUACUGGAGACAAGAGCCUGGAGGUGUCAGCCGUGGUACAGAAAGCAGUCGUCGAGGUCAACGAGGAAGGCACCGAGGCGGCGGUGGUGUCGGGCGUGAUCGGCGCGACCAGGGUGGCGUUGUCGCCAAGUUUCAAUUUCAUAGUCGAUCAUCCUUUCCUCUUUUUCAUCAGGAACACGCACGCGAACGCGAUCCUUUUUGCAGGGCAAGUGAACCACCUUUGAGCCAAGAAUAAACCCGUUUCAAAAUUCGGCGCUUUCUUUGGCUCAAAAAGCAGUGACACUUUCGGGCGGCUAAUGACGCUCAUAAAACUGUAAUUCAUUGGGUACCGUCAUGUUUUCACGUCAAUGGCAAAUAAUAAUUGGUUCUUCGAUCACCCUUUGCUUCACUUUAUACGGUGUGAAAACGUAAUAACUGGCCAGUAAAAAGCGGCGAUCCAUAAGGGCGUUGAUUAAAUUUCCGCCAUUAAAAGGCUUUAGAGCCAAACUUUAGAGCCAGACAGGCUAGACCACACUCAGAAAUAAGCGCCUACGCAGCCGUUAUAUCUGUAAUUUGUGCGUCACGUAGUACAGACGCCUCGAAGGUACAUGUAGCAUAUAUACUCGGCUAUAUUCGUUUAGUAGUAUCUUCAUAUUCUUCUUCCUUCAGCCUCAAGACGGCCACUAUUAGUUUGACACGGAUGCAAUACACUGAGAUGAUAAUAGUGAUCAAGGUUGCGACAUUCAUUAAAAAAAAAAAAAGUUAAUUCAUAAGUCCCACUAGCCUGAUAUGUGCCGAACGCUAGCAACCUUGGACCCAUGAGACCCACUCUGGGUCAAUAGGGCCUUUAUUGCGCGCCCUACUUGACCUGUGAGUUAUUGUAAUAAACAAACAAUGACGCGAGCUGUCGUAUAAAAGAUGAUCGCCAUACUACGUUGCAUAAUAAAGAUUCAUGUAUCCAC